UGGCUGCUCGCGCUGGCCGGAGGUUGUUUUCCUGCUAGCCGCUCGGGGUUCAACGUCGUCGCCACUGCAAGAUCCGUCAUUACCGCGGCGCACCGGACGGACCAGAAAGUACAGAUGGACCAGCAGGAUCAGUCCUAUAUGUUUGCAAGUCUGACACGGCCUCACUCAGAGCAGCUGCUGCAGGGCCUCCAGCUCUUGCGGCAGGAUCACGAACUAUGUGACAUUGUCCUACGUGUGGGUGAUGCCAAGAUCCAUGCCCACAAAGUAGUGCUAGCCAGCAUCAGCCCUUACUUCAAGGCCAUGUUUACGGGUAACCUGUCGGAAAAGGAGACCUCUGAGGUGGAAUUCCAGUGCAUCGAUGAGGCAGCCUUGCAGGCCAUCGUUGAGUAUGCUUACACCGGCACGGUGUUUAUCUCCCAGGAAACAGUGGAAUCUCUUUUGCCGGCUGCCAAUUUACUCCAGGUUAAGCUUGUACUUAAGGAGUGCUGCUCCUUCUUAGAGAGCCAACUGGAUGCUGGGAACUGUAUAGGGAUCUCCCGCUUUGCAGAGACGUACGGCUGUCAUGACCUGUGCCUGGCCGCCACUAAAUUCAUCUGUGAGAACUUUGAGGAAGUCUGUCAGACGGAGGAGUUUUUCGAACUCACACGGGCCGAGUUGGACGAAAUCGUGUCCAAUGACUGCCUUAAGGUGGUGACAGAGGAGACUGUUUUCUACGCCCUGGAGUCGUGGAUCAAAUAUGACGUGACUGAGAGACAGCAGCAUCUGGCUCAGCUGCUGCACUGUGUUCGCCUUCCACUUCUCAGCGUCAAAUUCCUCACUCGCCUAUAUGAAGCCAACCACCUCAUACGGGACGACCACGCCUGCAAGCACCUGCUCAACGAGGCCCUCAAGUACCACUUCAUGCCGGAGCACCGGCUGUCCUAUCAGACCGUGCUGUCGGCGCGGCCCAGGUGUGCCCCGAAGGUGCUGCUCGCUGUCGGGGGCAAGGCAGGGCUGUUCGCCACAUUGGAAAGCAUGGAGAUGUAUUUCCCUCAGACCGACUCGUGGAUCGGCCUGGCCCCUCUCAGCGUUCCCCGCUACGAGUUCGGAGUGGCUGUGCUGGACCACAAGGUGUACGUGGUGGGAGGCAUCGCCACGCACAUGAGGCAAGGCAUCAGCUACCGGCGACACGAGAGCACGGUGGAGAGCUGGGACCCCGAGAGCAACACGUGGUCCUCGGUGGAGCGCAUGGCCGAGUGCCGCAGCACCCUGGGCGUGGUGGUGCUGGCCGGCGAGCUGUACGCCCUGGGGGGAUACGACGGCCAGUACUACCUCCAGUCCGUGGAGAAGUACGUCCCCAAGCUGAAGGAGUGGCAGCCCGUGGUGCCCAUGACGAAAUCCCGCAGCUGCUUCGCCACAGCUGUGCUGGACGGCAUGGUGUACGCGAUCGGAGGGUACGGCCCGGCACACAUGAACAGCGUGGAGCGGUACGAUCCGAGCAAGGACGCCUGGGACAUGGUAGCCCCCAUGGCAGACAAGAGGAUCAACUUUGGCGUGGGUGUCAUGCUCGGCUUCAUAUUUGUGGUGGGGGGACACAACGGCGUGUCCCACCUGUCCAGCAUCGAGCGGUACGAUCCACACCAGAACCAGUGGACGGCCUGCCGACCCAUGAACGAGCCGCGCACCGGCGUGGGCUCUGCUAUCGUGGACAACUACCUCUAUGUGGUGGGAGGUCACUCCGGGUCGUCCUACCUGAACACUGUCCAGCGCUAUGACCCCAUCUCGGACAACUGGUUGGACUCCAGCGGCAUGAUGUACUGCCGUUGUAAUUUCGGCCUGACCGCCCUUUGACCCAUGGCCCAUCCAGCAAGGACCCAGUGAAAGAGCUUAGACACAAAGACUUUUCUUUUUUGUUGUCUCCUCCUCCUUCCCCACAUUCAUCCUCCAGGUGCAAAGCUGCACGCCUACGUGAACGUCGGGAGAGCUGGCGGGGCGGAUGGAUGUGCUGGGCUGCCCGGCUGGCCCGCCUCCCGGCUGGCUGGAGGGGGGGGCCGCCGCCGUCCAGGGCCCCGGAGAUGAAGAAGAGCUCUGAGGAACCUGGAUUAGCACGCGGAGACGACCGCUGCUGGACCGCAACGAGGACUUUGAGCCAUGUCCCAGAGGAUUGUGGGAAAAUCUGGUCAACUAAAGUUGUGUCACGUUCGCCGAUUAACUUCUCCGUUUUGUCGUCCUCCACGUCAUGAGUUACAUUUUCAACUCGUUUGUUUCUCCGCUGCAACCGGAACUGUGCUCAGAUUUUGCAGAACUCUGCAGAUUGCUUGUGUAUUUGUAUGAAUAAGUGGUUGGUGGCCAUGUAGCGUGUGUGUGUGUGUGUCCCGUGUGUAUGCUCCAGGAGUACAUGCAUGUCAGAUAGGAUUGUUUGUUUUGUUACGUGUCAGCGUGCAGGACUGAUAUUCGGGCUCGGCGACGCAACAGUUCUGCAUCCAAAAUCAGUGCUUCACAAAAAAAACAAAACAGAAAAAUCGGAAACUUUCUAUUUUCUCAAAAAGGGCUGCCUUUCUCUCUCCUGUAAAUAGUUAAGAUGAAAUAUAUAAAUAUGACUAUAUCCUCUAGUGCGUUGCCUGUAAAUGUUUCUUCUGCACUGGGUCACUAUGGUGUGCGAAUGCGUGUGUAGUUUGAUUCCCAGGGUCACUGUAGAGGUGGAUGACGAAUUCUCAUGAGUGUUUGCCGCUAGUCUCUGCUGCAUCCUCGGAGCCAUUUAAAAACGGGAAGAAAAAAAAAGACAACCCACAAAUCCCUAUGUUCCAGCUCGAGUUCUGUCUCCGAGGUCGGGUCAUGCACUUGCUACUCCUCACAAUAGUUGGAAAUUGACCUUUGGCCCCCGUUUCACCCUUCAGUCUCUACUCAAUACUAACUGGUGCUAUAUUUAGGAUUCAGGAUUCAGCUGUUUGUCUGUGUCGCCUCGCGCACUUGGGUCAUUUUCUGUUCCGCCUCUGCUGCGUCGUCCUGCCAGACGUUAGCCGUUCUGCUUUACGUGCACUUCAAUGCAUAAAAUCCCAAUAGUUCCGCACAACCAUGCAAUAAAAUGAAGUUCUACUGAAAGGGAAGCCUGUGGUUCCACCGCCAAGAGCUAUUUUGUCUUGUUUUUGAGCUCCGUCCUGGAGGGACGCCUCCUUUAGCAGGAAGUGAGCGUGCUUCAUCAGCGUCUGCCGCCCGUCGUCGUCAGGCCGCUCUCUGUGCUCUCUCACCCUCCACCUCCUAAAACAUGUGACCAGAUCUUAUUUGCAAGAUGAGUUUCGAGGCCGUCUCUUUGCAGCUUCACCUGCCGUGCCAAAACUGUCUCAUUUUCCAUCUUUUACUCUCCCGGCACCACAUGUUUGGCCCAGUGGCGACAUUGUUCCCGCUGGCUAUAAAUCGGCAUCGUGUUCUUGAUUGUGGUCACGUGGUUGGUUGACAAAGCACCAAGGGCUGCGCCUGGCAGGUUUCCAGUCUGCUGUCGUCCGUCACGGGAAGAAUCGGGCAAUAGAAGGGGGCAAGUGGCCUUGUCUACACCAUUUCCAUGUUCAAGUGUCAUUUCAGUUAGUUUAUCUGCACUAAAGUGGGAAUUCUUACCAAGCUCUUCAUUGCACUUAACGCAUUAUUUGAUACUCAUUGCAAUUUGUACAUAUGUUUUCAUUUAAGCCAAUAAGCAUUUAGAAAAUGCAAUAAGAUUUGGGUUUCCUCUGUGGAUGGGUAGGUUUUUAAUGUCUUUAAAAGGUAAAAGUAGAGAGAGAGAAAAAAAAGCCAAAAGCCAAGGCAUCUCAUACUGCUGUAACAAGGCAUGUCUGUGGAUUCACUAUCGCAGAGAACAAACGCCGAAUGCCGCAGCGGAGUUUCUCUCGACCUACCAGGCAUGUUUUUUUGGGUCAUGUUUCUGUGCAUGCUGGUCCGUUCGUACAGGGCGUAUGUGUAUGCAGGCAGUGUCAAAUGGAUUUAUCUCAAUUUGCUAAUAUAUGGCCAAAUGUGUAAACUCUGCUCCUCUUCAGCACGUGCAGGUGUUUAAGAGGGGAUUUGCAUAUUUCUCACAGAAGAUUUAGUUUGGGUCCUUAAAAUGCAAAGAUUAAUGUCUCCAUGCUAAUUUGGAAGAUUCUUUUCAAUAAAAUGAUGCUGCCCUACUUUGAUUUCACCCACUCCACAUUCUUUAAAAACCCUUUCACUUCACCCCUCAAUACUUCAAACGGCGUCUGCCUUGUGAAUCGGCCGGAGUGUCGCUGGUGAGACUUUUCUGUUCCAGAUCGUUCUGCAUUAAAUUUUCAUUUGGAUUUUCUGAUUUAUUUUAAGAGAGAAAAUGCAUAAGCAGCCCAUUCUGUACUCCCUGAAAUGUCUUUUUUUUUUUUUUUUUUUUUAGAAUUAUUUAAAAAUGACAUGAAUUACUAUUUUUGUAUUUCUAAUUUGUUGUGUUCUGUAACCUACUUUCUGUCCGUCCUGAUCAGAUUUCUUCUUCUUCCGUCGGUCACUUUUCCGCCACAGCACAAAUCGCGCGGGCGUGAUCCUGUGCUGCCGCCAUGAUUCAUGCAACGUCCAGGUUUCUGUCCAGUCUGGGAGGCAAAUGCUAACUACGACUUCAGAGAGUUUUCAGAGGAGAGAAAGGCUGAUGAAAAUCUGCAAACGUGAAUCUGCAAAAAGGAUGUUGAAAUUGAGUUUGUGUGCGUUUUUUUUUAAGGCCUAAACUCUGUCAUGUUUUGCCACCACUCUCACCAAAGUGCUUGUAAGGAAGAAAGCGGAGAGAUGACCACCACCGGGUUUGUGUCUGAGAGGGAACUCUUUUCUUUUUUUUUUUUUUUUAACUGAUGUCAAUGUUAGCCAAAACGACCACUCUGCUUCUUUUAACAUGUCCCAUCGUGUGUCUGGGGUAAGGUGAAUUUUAUAACCUGUGGAUUAAUACUGGAAAGUACAAGAUGACAUUCGCUGUAAAAAAAAAAAGAAAAAAAAAAGUAGCUUUUCACAUUUUAUCAUGUUUGAUUGAAGACAUUUUACAUACAUUUUAGUCAGUUUGUGUGGUGCAGUUGUACCCUGUUUAAAAUAAAUGCCUGCCUUAAAAGG